GCGCACGCCUUUCGCUGUGCCGCGCUGAGCGAGGGAAGUGAGUGAAAUAGAGAAGAGCCCAGAAGCCUCACACACCGAAAGCUAUCGAGCAGAUACAGAGAUCUCCCAGUCUUACGCGCACAGUCACGGAGAGGGAGAGGGAGAGGAAGAGAGUGAGAGAAAAUGAGUUCAUGGAAUUACGUCGUCACGGCUCACAAGCCCACCAACGUUACCCAUUCCUGUGUCGGCAAUUUCACCAGUCCUCAGGAGCUCAAUCUCAUUAUAGCGAAAUGCACCCGCAUCGAAAUCCAUUUGCUUACGGCGCAGGGAUUACAGCCUUUGCUGGAUGUGCCAUUAUAUGGAAGAAUAGCUACCCUUGAGCUUUUCCGCCCUCAUGGUGAAGCACAAGAUCUUUUAUUUGUAGCAACUGAAAGAUAUAAAUUUUGCGUUCUCCAAUGGGAUGCUGAAUCGUCGGAGCUUGUUACAAGAGCAAUGGGGGAUGUGUCAGACCGUAUCGGUCGUCCAACAGACAAUGGUCAGAUUGGUAUAAUUGAUCCGGAUUGUAGAUUAAUUGGACUUCAUCUAUAUGAUGGGCUAUUUAAGGUUAUUCCUUUUGAUAAUAAGGGACAGCUGAAAGAAGCAUUUAACAUCAGGCUUGAGGAGCUUCAAGUUUUGGAUAUCAAGUUUCUUUAUGGCUGUCCAAAGCCCACAAUUGUAGUUCUGUACCAGGAUAACAAAGAUGCUCGUCAUGUCAAAACAUAUGAGGUUGCUUUGAAAGAUAAAGAUUUUGUUGAGGGUCCAUGGACCCAAAACAAUCUUGACAAUGGAGCUGAUUUGCUAAUACCAGUACCCCCACCCCUCUGUGGUGUUCUCAUUAUUGGUGAAGAAACAAUUGUCUAUUGCUGUGCUAAUACUUUCCGAGCGAUCCCAAUAAGACCAUCCAUCACAAAGGCGUAUGGAAGAGUUGAUCCCGAUGGUUCUAGAUAUUUACUUGGUGAUCAUGCUGGGCUUCUUCAUCUACUUGUUAUAACCCAUGAGAAAGAGAAGGUCACUGGACUCAAAAUUGAGCUCUUGGGGGAAACUUCUGUUGCAUCAACGAUUUCUUAUCUUGACAAUGCAUUUGUAUACAUAGGCUCAAGCUAUGGAGAUGCACAGCUUGUAAAGCUAAAUCUACAACCUGAUGCCAAAGGUUCAUACGUAGAAGUGCUGGAAAGAUAUGUGAAUUUGGGGCCAAUUGUUGACUUCUGUGUGGUGGACCUUGAGAGGCAAGGCCAAGGCCAAGUUGUGACUUGCUCUGGCGCGUACAAGGAUGGUUCUCUACGCAUAGUUCGAAAUGGAAUCGGAAUCAAUGAGCAAGCUUCGGUAGAACUUCAAGGUAUCAAGGGAAUGUGGUCAUUAAGAUCUUCCACUGAUGAUCCAUUUGACACCUUCCUGGUUGUUAGUUUCAUCAGCGAGACUCGGAUUUUAGCAAUGAAUCUUGAUGAUGAACUUGAAGAAACUGAUAUAGAGGGUUUCUCUUCUCAAGUACAGACAUUAUUCUGCCAUGAUGCUGUGUACAAUCAACUUGUACAAGUCACUUCAAGUUCUGUAAGGCUAGUAAGUUCUACCUCAAGAGAGCUUCAAGAUGAAUGGCCUGCACCUCCAGAUUAUUCAAUCAAUGUUGCCACAGCAAAUGCCUCACAGGUUUUACUGGCAACUGGAGGAGGUCACUUGGUCUACCUGGAGAUUGGUGAUGGGAAGUUGACACAAGUUAAACAUGCACAGCUGGAGUAUGAGAUCUCAUGCCUUGACAUAAAUCCCAUUGGUGAAAAUCCAAAUUAUAGUCAGCUAGCUGCAGUUGGAAUGUGGACAGAUAUAAGCGUGACGAUAUUGUCACUCCCUGACCUAAAUCUCAUUGUGAAAGAGCAUUUAGGGAGAGAGAUAAUACCUCGCUCUGUUCUUCUAUGUUCUUUUGAAGGGAUAUCUUACUUGUUAUGUGCCCUUGGAGAUGGUCAUCUCUUGAACUUCCUGUUGAAUCUGACUAGUGGAGAGUUGACAGAUAGGAAGAAGGUGUCUCUAGGUAGCCAGCCUAUUACACUCCGGACUUUCUCAUCCAAGAAUACCACUUAUGUAUUUGCUGCAUCAGAUAGACCAACUGUCAUAUACAGCAGUAACAAGAAACUGCUUUACAGCAAUGUAAAUUUAAAAGAAGUCAGUCAUAUGUGCCCAUUCAACACUGCUGCUUUUCCAGACAGCCUUGCCAUUGCUAAGGAAGGUGAACUCACUAUUGGUACCAUUGAUGAUAUCCAGAAACUUCACAUCCGUUCCAUCCCACUUGGGGAACAUGCAAGGCGUAUCUGCCAUCAAGAGCAGUCUCGAACCUUCGCCAUAUGUAGUUUGAAAAAUCAGACAAGUGCUGAAGAGUCUGAGUUGCACUUUGUUCGAUUAUUAGAUGACCAAACUUUUGAGUUCUUAUCAACUUAUGGUCUUGACACCUUUGAGUAUGGUUGCUCAAUUCUUAGCUGCUCGUUUUCUGAUGAUACUAAUGUCUAUUACUGUGUUGGAACUGCAUAUGUUUUACCCGAAGAGAAUGAACCUUCAAAGGGUCGAAUAUUGGUCUUCAUUGUUGAAGAUGGGAAGUUAUUGCUUAUUGCUGAGAAGGAAACUAAAGGAGCUGUUUACUCUCUCAAUGCCUUCAAUGGCAAACUGCUGGCUGCUAUCAAUCAGAAGAUUCAGUUAUAUAAAUGGAUGCUUCGGGAUGAUGGCAGCCGUGAAUUGCAGUCUGAGUGUGGACAUCAUGGACACAUACUUGCGCUCUAUGUACAAACCCGUGGAGAUUUCAUUGUUGUUGGUGAUCUGAUGAAGUCAAUCUCAUUGCUAAUCUACAAGCAUGAAGAAGGUGCUAUCGAGGAACGAGCUCGUGACUACAACGCAAAUUGGAUGUCAGCUGUAGAGAUUCUAGAUGAUGAUGUUUACCUUGGCGCCGAAAAUAACUAUAACUUAUUUACAGUUCGGAAGAAUAGUGAAGGUGCCACUGAUGAAGAACGUGGUCGUCUUGAGGUGGUUGGUGAAUAUCAUCUUGGGGAAUUUGUGAAUCGGUUCAGGCAUGGUUCUCUGGUGAUGCGUAUGCCAGAUUCUGAUGUGGGCCAGAUUCCGACCAUCAUUUUUGGGACUAUUAAUGGUGUAAUUGGCGUCAUUGCUUCACUACCCCACGAGCAAUUCCUCUUUUUGGAGAAGCUUCAGUCAAACUUGAGGAAAGUCAUAAAGGGCGUGGGAGGGUUGAGUCACGAGCAAUGGCGGUCAUUCAACAACGAAAAGAAAACUGUAGAUGCUAAAAAUUUCUUAGAUGGCGAUCUAAUUGAGGCAUUCCUUGAUCUCAGUCGUAGUCGGAUGGAUGAGAUUUCAAGGGCAAUGGGUGUUUCGGUGGAGGAGCUUUCCAAAAGAGUUGAAGAACUGACCAGGUUGCAUUGAUGUUAUCGUCCGGCUCGAUUCACUCGUUUCUUGUGUUUUAAAAUUUGCUUGUUUAUUUUCCUCUCAACUGACUGCUUUCUUCAUUUUGUAACAUUUUCCAAAAUUUUCUCUCUGUAGUAGUUGCAGAGUGGGAAGUAAUCAUGUGUUCAUGUCGGGAAUGGUAUCCUUGUAUGGGGUCCAUUCCGGUUGUAUAUUUUCCCAUCAACUUCUAUUAGCAUCAUGUGUUACGUUUAGGCCCUGUCGAACCGGAGCCGGUAAACAUUAUGGUCCGAUGAUCAGAUCUGGCCCAUAUUGUUUUG